GGGAAAUGUCAGAUUUAGAGGUUAUAUUUAUUUAUUUUUGGGCGGUUUUUUAAUUACUGCAAUUAAAAAUCGAAAAAAUAUUUAAAUAAUGGCCAAUUCAGAGGUCUACAAGUUACAACAGCAUCUGUCCUUAUUGAAACAAGAGUAUUCGAAGCUACAGACCAAGUACCACAAUUUGGAAAGUCGGUACGCUUAUAUAGCAGCAACAAACAAUGAUUCUACAGAGAACGAUAUCAGUAACAGUUUUGCAUCAAGAUUAGUAACGACAAUUUCAAAAUUAUACGAUUCAAGCUUGUAUAGUGACAUUAAUAUUAAGCUACUAGACAAAACAUACCCAGCUCAUAAAAUUGUUUUAACAGCCAGAUCAAAGAUGUGGGACGAAGAAUUCUUGAAAGAUAAAGAGGAAUUGGAUUGGUCCGAUAUGGAUCCACUAGUUGGUCAUGCUAUAGUUCUAUGGCUGUACAAGAGCGAAGUAAAUCACAAUUCUGAUGAAAUAACGUUGCUGUUGAUUAAACAAGCAUACAGCUUCAAACUGGACAGUUUACUAGAAUCUUGCGAGCAGUACCUUAUAUCUGUGGUCAACAUAAGGACUUGCGUGAAAUUCUACAGUGUGGCCGAGGAAAUUCAAGCUACCAGCUUGAGAGAAUAUUGUUCAGGUUUAAUUUCAACGCAUUGGGACGACCUAAAUUCAACAGAUUUCGAACACAUGAGCGGACCCUUAUUGUACCAAAUGCUGAAGAAUAAAGCGCAGUUGCCGCUUCAUAGCGCUGUCAGAUUGCAGAGAGAAGACGUAGUGUUUCUGUGUCUAGUUGAAAAUUCUAGCAGGUUAUCCGAUAUAGUGAACAUUUGGUCUCAGCAAGGCGACCUACCUCUGGAACUGGCACUAAAAAGUAAAAACGGAAGCAUAGCGGCAACACUGGUCCAACACAAUGCCGAUAUUAAUCUCAGAGAUAUAGAUGGCGAACCGCUGUUGCACAGGGCCAUUAAAAGGGACGACAGUUUUGGCGUUUUGUUUUUGUUGGAGUCUAACUGCGAUGCCACUCUAUCUUCUAGAACCGGAAACGAUACAGCCCUACAUUUGGUGGCCGGUUCUCCAGGUUUAGAGGAUUCCGUCAAAAUUGCCGAAAAAUUGUUGAACAAAAACCUGAACGUAGAUUGUCAGAAUAAGCUCGGCUUCACCGCGCUUCAUAUAUCGAUACAAGCCGACAACAGCGCCAUUUUCGAUCUGCUACUUCGACAAGAACAAAUAAACGUAAAUUUAAAAACAGUAGACGAGCAUACUCCACUCUACUAUGCAUUGCUAAAGUACGAACUGGACGUUACACACUACGCGGAAGUUUUGCUGGCCCGCGAUGCGCAGACGGAUCCCUUAUACUCUUCCCACGCCUGCGCUGAUCUACUACAGACCCUAAUAAUACAGGGUAGUACGAAAGCGGCUGCUCAUUUAGCUGGUCACGUGCGUAAUUUGAAUCACGUGAACGUGGAAGGCGAAACCGCUCUACACUUGGCCUGUGAACGGGGAUACGAUGAAUUGACCGGUACACUGGUUAAAUUGGGAGCCAAUCCAAAUCUCUUGACCAACGAGUUAAGACAGUCCCCUCUACACUAUGCGGUGAAGAAUAACGCAUCUGAAUGUAUAGAAGCCUUGAUUGAACAUAAUAAAAUGAUUGAGGAAGGAAGUAACGGCGAAGAAAGCAGAUUACUACAAGUUAAUUUUAAUCUACGCGACAUAUACGGGGACACCGCGAUAAGUUUAACGUUGAACGAGGGUUAUAACGACCUGGUACCGAUUCUAAUCAAAGGGAAUGCGGACAUCAACGUGAGGAACGGCAAAGAUUUCACCCUUUUGCACCAAUCGAUCAUGAAGGAGGAUUCGAAAACCGCCAUCUUCCUUCUGGAACAGGGCGUCGAUAUCAACGCGAAAACCCCCGAAAACGAGACGCCCCUGCAACUGGCCAUCCACUGUAGAUUGGCCGAUGUUGUGGACGCUCUUUGCACCAAAGGAGUCGAUAUGUCCGCCCCCGACAGGUUAGGCAACUGCGCCUUAUGGGCAGCACUAAAUUCAGGCCAAGAAAAUAUCGCGAAUAUUUUGGUGCGUCACGGGGCGGAUACCGACUGUUGGAACGACGGUCCCGAGGGAUGUAAGCAGACCCUUUUGCAUCGAGCGCUCGACGAAAACAACGAAGAAGCGGCCGUAUUCCUAAUCAAAGCCGGCUGCGAUUUGGACUCUCCCCGCAUGCCCAGCUCCGACGCCGUUGGAGGGGAAUGCGGGGAGGCUGGCAGGGACGGUAUGACCCCCCUCCACUUGUGCUGCUCGUGGGGCCUGGAACCCGUAGCGAGAGCUUUGAUAGAGCACAGAGCCAACGUGAACGCUAGAGACGCCGAGUUAAAAACUCCGCUACAUGUCGCUAUAGAGAACCAGAACGACGAAAUAAUUUCUUUGUUGCUAAGCGUGCCGGAAAUAGAUCUCACCCUGUGGGACAAGAGUGGAUUGUCGCCGUUUGCUGCAGCUCUAACGUCAAGAAAUCAUAAGGCCGCUCAAGCUAUUGUUGAUAAGUUACCGUCCGCUCCGGAACAAUUUGAUCUAAAGGGCCAGAACUUUCUUCACGUGGCCAUUAAAAAAGGGGAUAUCGAGAGUGCCGUGUUUUUAUUGGCCGUCCAAGUCGACGUCAAUUCUAGGGUGCAAGAUGCGUUACUGACGCCACCUAUACAUUUGGCGGCGAAAUACGCCAACGAAACGCUGGUGAGGAGUUUAAUUUUGGCGGGAGCAAGGGUUGACGAUAGAGACUCCCAGAGACGUACAGCUCUUCACAUAGCCUCAGAGGCUGGAAAUGCACCGGCUGUGAGCGCCUUGCUUCAAAACAACGUGGAUUUUGACGCAGUAGACGUGGCCAAUGACAAUGCUCUUCACAUAGCUGUCAGGGAAGGACAUCUGAACGUGGUUAAAACUUUGUUAACUGAGUCGUCUAUAAAUGCGGAGCACGUCAAUUUAAAGGGAAGAAACCCUCUGCACGAGUUGUGUUACUAUGCCAAAGAAAACGCCGCAGCAAUUUGCGAGUUUUUCCUCGAGUGUAUGCCGGAUUAUCCGAUUAAUACGCCGGAUAUAAAUGGGAAUUCGCCUCUUUUACUGGCCUACAUGAAGGGAAACGGUCAAUUGUGCAGAGUUUUGGUAAAAUCGAACGCUUGUUUAGCCGUGGAAAAUCUGGACAAGAUUACGAUAUUCAAUUAUCAGGUUGCCAGCAAACAAUUGCUGACUAGAUUGCUGGAUCAGUUAAAUCAACCGGCACCGUGGACUAGUACCGAAAACUGUCAGGAAUGUGGUAAAGGUUUUACCAUGACGAUAAGGAAACACCAUUGUCGACAUUGUGGCCGAGCUCUGUGUAACAAAUGCAGCGAUCAGGAAGUACCCAUCGUCAAAUUCGGCGAAAACAAACCGGUACGCGUAUGUCAAGUGUGUUUCAAUAUAUUGAAAACGGGUACUACCUAAUUCGAAACUGUAAUAAAGUAAUAUAACAUGUCUGAACAUAAAGAGUAACAAAUUUUGUAAUUAUUAUAGGUAUAUCUUGAAAAUCAUUCCAUUUAAAUAAAAUACGUUAAUAUAUUAUUAUGUUUAUUAUAGAAUUUUCAUUAUAUAUAUAU